AUGCGCUUACCCUAUGCCCCCUCCAACCCGCCGGCCGAUGCCUCGCCCGAAACGAUUGACACUUAUGUCCGCAUCGCUGAGCGCCGAAACCCUCGACCCUUGAUUCCUCUUGACCUGUCUCUCCUGCAUAGUCCACCUGUUGCUGAUGGGUGGAACAGCUUCAUUGGAGCUAUCCGCUCUCGUACCCUUGUCGAUUCCGGUGUCAUGGAGCUCGCGGUUUGCCGGGUCGCUGUGCUUAACAAUGCCAUCUACGAAUGGAAUGCCCAUGCCCCGCUCGCUCUGAAGGGCGGCAUUAAGCCCGCUGAACUGCAAGCUGCUCGCACAUUACCUUCAACCGCCACCGGGGAUAUUGCUGAGCUCGAAAAGAGUGCGCUUACUCCGCAACAACGGGCCGUUCUCCGCUAUACCGACCAAAUGACCAAGACUAUCACUGUGGAAGAUGCGGUAUUUGCUGAAUUGAAGACAGUCGGGUAUGAUGAUCGUGAGAUUGUGGAACUUACCACUGGUAUCGCUGGGUACAACUGCGUGAGUCGGUUUUUGGUUGCGUUGGACGUCGGUGAGAACAAUGACCGCCAGAUGAAAAGCGUGGACGAAUUGGUCGCAGCCUUGCAAUAA